ACUCAUUCCUCUUUGUAAGUGGAAGUGUCGAGCCAGGUUCGGGUAGCAUUCUCAUCAUAGCAGCCACAAGAAUCCUGAGAAUGGCAGCUGUCCGUCUCCUGCUGUGGACCCUUGUGGUUUUGGUGUCAUCCAUCCAUUUGGAUGCACAAGAAAUCUAUGAGGUGGUUCGACCAGUCAGACUCCAUGAUCUUCAUAAAAGAGCUUUAGAGUCCACCAGGCCUGAUCAAGUGAAAUAUGCCAUGACUCUUGGCGGUAAACGCAUUGAAAUGCAUCUUGAGAAAAACACUGAUUUUAUAACUGAGGACUACACCGAGACUCAUUACACAAGCGAUGGGACACCUGUCAUAACUAAACCUGUUGAAAUAGAUCUCUGCUACUACCAGGGGAAGAUCAUGAAUGACAGGAACUCGGUGGUCAGCGUGAGCACCUGUGAUGGACUGCGGGGUUAUUUCCAGACUGCGGAACAGAGGUUUAUUAUCGAACCUCUGACUGAAGAUGCUGAUGGUGACCAUGCAGUGAUGAAGUACGACAAUGUGACUGAUUCUCCUUCUGUAUGUGGAGUCACCAACAUGACCUGGUACCCUGUUCCUGAAGGCUUCCCAGGGUCUUCUCCUGGAAAAUCUAAAGCUCGCUCAUCAGGCCAAACAAUGUUCCUGCAAGAGAAAUACAAUGAACUCAUCCUUGUAGCGGACAACAGAAUGUAUCGGAAGAUGGAAAAGAGCAUCACCAAAGUGAGACAGAGGGUCUUCGCUAUUCUCAACUUUGCCAAUGUUGUGUAUAAACCGAUGAACACUUUCAUUGCUUUGAUUGCUUUGGAGAUUUGGACUGAUGCUGAUAAGAUAAUGGUGACUACGCCUGCUGGUGACACACUGGUUGAAUUUACAAAGUGGAGAAAUGAGAACCUAAUAAAGAGGCAGAAGCACGACAACGCUUACCUGAUCACUAAUAUCGACUUUGAUGGGUCGACAGUGGGCCUGGCAUAUGUUGGCACCUUGUGCACAGACUACUCUACCGGAGUCAUCCAGGACCAUAAUACACAAACCACAGCUGUAGGUGCCACCCUGGCGCAUGAGAUGGGACACAACCUGGGCAUGAGCCAUGACAGCACCUCGUGUACAUGUGCCAGUGAUAGCUGUAUCAUGGCUGCCAUUCUGAGCUACAAAGUCCCAGAACUCUUCAGCAGCUGCAGCGUGACCAAUUUUGUGACGUUCCUGAACACACGUAACCCUGAAUGUCUCCUCAAUAAACCACAAGCCAUAGACAUGAUCCAGCCUGCAGUGUGCGGCAACGGCUUCCAAGAGACCGGGGAAGACUGCGACUGCGGAUCUGUGACGGAGUGCACCAACCCGUGCUGCAAUGCCACCACGUGCACGCUCUCAAAGGGCUCGAUGUGUGCAGAUGGAGAGUGUUGUAAGGACUGUAAGAUUGCUGAAGUCACCUUGAUGUGUCGUCCCAAGCGUGAUGAGUGUGACCUGCCUGAAUAUUGCACAGGAAGUUCAACCACAUGCCCUGAGGACAUCUUCUCAGUGAACGGGUUGCCAUGCAUGGAUGGCGCUGGCUACUGCUACAACGGAGAGUGCCCUCGACGGAAAGACCAGUGCAUGAAAAUGUGGGGUUCAGGUGCCGUGGUAGCAGAUGAUGAGUGUUAUAGCCAGAACAAACAGGGAACGUUCUUUGCUUAUUGUACACGACCCACCAACGAUGAGUAUAUAGGUUGCCAGAAACAGGAUGUCAUGUGUGGGAAGCUUUUCUGCGACAAAGGUCAGGAGUUCCCAAACUAUGGCCUCUCUGUCACGUUCAGAACGUGCAAAGCCACUUACUACAGCAACAGUGCCCAAGAUUUUGGUCAGGUGAACACAGGGACCAAGUGUGGUGAAGGGAAGGUGUGUAGUCAAAACCAGUGUGUGAGUUUAGAUGUCGCCUACAACGCAGCCAGCUGCUCCAAUCGCUGCAGUGGCAAUAGGGUGUGUAAUCAUAAGCUGGAGUGCACUUGCGCACCUAACUGGCUCCCACCUGACUGUGAGAUGCCAGACACCAGUUCUCAGGCUACAGAAACAAGUCCAGUGAUAGGCAUUGCUGUGGCCAUCGUUAUCCUGGUGGGGGCUGUUUUAGUUGGGAUAGCCAUCUACUGCGUGAAAUGUAGGAAGAAUCAAAGCAGAACGAACCGUUCCCAGAUGUCUAUGGUAAAUGCUUAAUGUCCCCCCCCGGGAUUGUGAAAAUCCAGUCAAAGAAUGACGGUCAUACAGAACACAACAAGGAUAUCAUAGAAUUGUGUUUUACAGACUUUCACAAAAAACACUUGAAGAGAACUGAUGCUGUGAAGUUAUUCAUCAACUCCAAAAGAUCUACCUUGCUUCAAAGUUUGGUCAGAACCAUUAUCGUUUUUUUCUUGUCUACAUCUAGCAGUGAAUUAACCUUUUCACAUGACCUUAAACUACUGGAUUGGCUGUGUAAAAUGAUUGGCUACUAAAAUUAGGACACACUCAGUGGUAUGCAUUGCUUGAAGCCUUUUUUCUAUACUUAGAAGAUAAUGAGAACAUAAGUACAUAUUUAUAUAUGUACUCAUAUAUAUGUAUAUGCUGCAACAUGGAAAAAACUUUCCCUUGGUUAAAUGUUGACGUUUUCUUUUGCAAAUACAGUCGUGAAAAAAAGAUGUACUGUACAUCUCAUUGAAAUUGGAGAAUUUUGUCAACAUAUUUAAACAAGCAAGCAUUUCACUCUCUUUGAUACAAUGCCUAGAGAUGAAGGCGAUGUACUCCAACAAACACUACACUAAAUGAACAUUUUGUAGUUAUUUUCAUAAUUUAAAUUUAAAAAAACAGUCAGAAAAAGUAAGUACACCCUUACAUUUAUCACACUUUCAAGUCCAUAUGAGCAAUUGCGCACUCUGAUUGACUACCACUAGGCUAUCAGCUCAUAUACCAUGAGUAGAGAAAAACAAAAUGGCAGUGCGUGUUGCUCAACCAACCGAGGAUGAAAUAAAAACAUUAGAAUCAGGUGUUCCAGAUUAGUUGCCGUUGAUUAGAACCUCUUGCAGGUGGAACCCAUCUUAUUUAAACCUGACAUCUAGGGUCUGGUGUUCUCUUUGCUGCUGAAGUGUGUCGUGUCAUCAAGAUCUAAAGAGCUCUCUAAGGCCUUCAGAAAAAAAGGUUGUGGAUGCCUAUGAAUCUGGCAAGGGUUUUAAAAAGAUCUCUAAAUUAUUAGAAAUAAAUCAUUCCACUGUAAGGACUACAGUACAUCUACAAGUCACGUACAUUUCAAACAGCUACCAAUUUGUCCAGGACUGGCAGCAAAUUCAUCCCAAUAGCAGACCGUUUGAUGCUAAAAGAAGUCUCCAAGAACCCCAAAAUUUCAUCACUAGAUCUGCAGGUAACUGUUGGUGUGAAAGUGGUGUGAAACAUCUACAAUCAGAAAGAGAUUGGAUAAAUUUGACCUGCAUGGGAGGCGUGCCAGGAAAAAACUUUGCUGUCCAAAAGGAACAUUAAAGCAAGACUACAGUUUGCCAAAUGAACAUAUAGACAAAGACCAGGCCUUUUGGAAUAACGUGCUUUCGACAGACGAAUCAAAUGUGUGGUGCAGACCAAAGACGGCUUUUCAGGAGAAAAACCUCAUACUACCUGUGAAUCAUGGUGGUGGAAAUGUUAUGGUUUGGGGUUGCUUCGCUGUCUCAGGGACUGGGAGGCUUGCAUUCAUUGAUUCAACUGUGAAUUCUGAAUCAUAUCAAAGAGCUCUUGAGGAGAACAUGAGACCAUCUGUUGAAAAGUUGGAGUUGAACCAAAGGUGGACCUUUCAACAAGAUAAUGAUCCUAAACACACAAGCAAAUCCACCAAGGAAUGGCUCAGAAAGAAGAAAUGGAGGGUUAUGGAAUGGCCUUUUUCAUCAAAGUGCAGAUUUGAGUUGGCCUAGUGGUUAGCGUGUCUGCCUCUCGAUCGGGAGAUUGGGAGUUCUACUAGCGAUUGGGUCAUACCAAAGACAAUCAUAAAAAAAAUGGCACCUACUGCCACCUGGCAAGGCAUGCUGCAAUACAGAUGUGAGUGGGGAGUCAAACUCUUGUGGUUACCAGAGGACCAGCCCCUCACUGUAACCCUAGCUAUGUAAUAGGCGAGAGGCCGAGGGCUACAGAAACGGAGAUCAGCGCUGCCUAAUGAGCCGUGCGGUAAAGGCUUUAGUAGAUUUGAACCCCAUUGAAAUGUUGAGGGGAGAUUUUGAAAAGGGCAGGACAUGCAAGAAAACCUUCAAACAGUGUGCAAAUGAAGGAAUUUUGCAUUGAAGAGUGGACAAAAAUUUCAGCAAGCUGAUAUUGGAGACUGGUAGACAAUUAUGCAAAACUGGUGUGUAGUGGUUAGCACUGUCGCCUCACAGCAAGAAGGUUCUGGGUUCAAGCCCAGUGGCUGACAGGGGCCUUUCUGUGUGGAGUGUGUAUGUUCUCCUCAUGUCUGUGUGGGUUUCCUCUGAGUGCUCUGGUUUCCCCCACAUUCCAAAGACGUGCAGGUUAGAUUGAAUGUGAGUGUGAAUGGUUGUUUGUCUCUAUGUGUCAGCCCUGUGAUGAUCUGGCGACUUGUCCAGGGUGUACCCCGCCUCUCACCCACAGUCAGCUGGGAUAGGCUCCAGCUCACCUGCGACCCUGCACAGGAUAAGCGGCUACAGAUAAUGGAUGGAUGGAAAUGGGGUUCUUUUAAUCACAUACAACUGGGGGAAUAAAACAAUAACCAUUCAUUUAUUUCCAGGCUUAGGGAGUAACGGAAUACAUGUAAUGGCGUUACGUAAUAAGGAUACAAAAAAAGGUAACUGUAUUCCGUUACAGUUACAGAAAAAAAGACAUACUCAGAUUACAGGUACAUUUAGUGAAAAUGGGGAUUAUUUAGCAGGAUUACAAUUUUCAUGCUAUUUUAUUUUUUCAUUUAAAACUGGAGAUGGAGGGAAAAUAACAUACUGUCAUACACACAUGUGCGCGCACUACGACACUUCAUGUCUGUCAGUAUAUAAAACUUGCCACCUGGAAUGGUGUCUAUCGAAAAAAAACGCGUUCACCGGGUAGAAAUUUCGCCAUUAUUUUAAAUUUGUGGAACAAAAGGGGAACAACAACACCGUGCAAUGCAAAUUGUGCCUUCCAGCUGUGAAACGCCUGUCAUCGUCCAAGGACUCGACUUCCAAUCUGAAGAAACAUUUACAGGUAAGACUGCUAAUAUUAGCUAAGCUAACGUUAGUUAGCUAGCGAACCUGUCAAUACCGGUCCUAUUACAACCUCUGAUAAAUAUUUUGGGACUGCGUGUGGUGAUGCUGGGGACUGGGAUAGUUUGCAGGGUUGGGAAGAAUAUUUUUUCAAACAGUUCUGGUUUGCCGGUAAUUAAAUUAACAAAGAAUCCCCAAAGACUGAAACUACCUGUGAUGAGGCGCGGCUGGCUGGGCUGCUUGCACCUUGUACAGCGCUCAGAUAGAGAGACAACUGAAACUCUUUGGAUUUUUCAGAAGAAAAGCAAUGGGUAAGAAUUCAUAAAGGCUGGCGCUCGUCAUAUUAUUAAGGUCCAUAUCAGUACAAAUGAAGGCUAUGCAUUUCGGUGCCCAUUUCGAGAGAAGAACAUUAAAUUAUUACAUCUCAUUAUUAUUGCUCAUGCUCUAGAUAGCCAGGAAGACCGAAUGACGCCAUUGUUAUUGAACAGGUUGCAUUUUUUUGGAACGUUAGCCUAAAGUAAGUAAAAAAACUAAAUUACAUCGACGAAUAUUUCUAAUUACCAGCAACUAAGGUGUUAUUGCCAGUUACGAGUCAGUGGGACAGUUCCCUCACAGUAGCAUCCUUAAUGCCUGCACACUUGAUGUCAUAGGUGUUUUGGUUUAACGAGUGACCUUGUUUACUAGUGACAUGACACUUGUAGUGAUGACAGUUGUUAGAAAUACACACAGAACAUGUACUUGUCCUCCUAAAAACCUUGAAUUGUACUUAUCUAUUUCAAAUAUUUUUUAUGACUACCACAAGUGCCACUAAUAAUGAUAACCUUUAUGAUGAUAGGUACUGUUAUUGUUGAUGUUAUCAUAGUAAAUGUGCUGCUGCCCGAGUUUGAGUGUUUUAGUGAUGUGUGGUUAUUUGUGGUGUGGUGUGAUCCAUACCUUUUUGUUGAAAAUUUAAGUGAACAUUGGAUUUGUCUCAUCUCAUCUCAUUAUCUCUAGCCGCUUUAUCCUGUUCUACAGGGUCACAGGCAAGCUGGAGCCUAUCCCAGCUGACUACGGGCGAGAGGCGGGGUACACCCUGGACAAGUCGCCAGGUCAUCACAGGGCUGACACAUAGACACAGACAACCAUUCACACCUACGGUCAAUUUAGAGCCACCAGUUAACCUAACCUGCAUGUCUUUGGACUGUGGGGGAAACCGGAGCACCCGGAGGAAACCCACGCGGACACAGGGAGAACAUGCAAACUCCGCACAGAAAGGCCCUCGCCGGCCACUUGGCUUGAACCUGGACCUUCUUGCUGUGAGGCGACAGCACUAACCACUACACCACCGUGCUGCCCACAUUGGAUUUGUUUAAAGCAAUAUUUUGAGUGUUCUUGAUCCAUACUGUUAACUAGCAGAUUUUUUUCUUAAUAAACUACUACGUGGUGAA